GAGGUUCAUACCUCUGAUCUACUCUAACUCAUGAAACAAGCGACAACAAAAUGGCGAAUUCUGCCGUCCGCGCCGAAACGGCGCAAGACUGUACAUUCGAUCACCCACACUCCUUCGAGAUACUUCGAUCGAGGCUUUCAAAUGAAUAUACCGAUUUCUUCUGUACUUCAAGAAUAGAAGACUCCACGCUUGCUGACUUCUCUAUUAUCUUCCACUUCUUGAAUAUACGGAUUUUUUAUAACUAAGUGCUGGGAAAUGCUGAACAAUGCAAUUAAUUUUGAACACUGAAACAGAUAUAGACAUUCAUCGGAAGAUGUCAGCAAUUAAACAGGAAUCCUUUGAUGAAAAAUUUAUUAACAAGACCUUAGCAGAGCAAGUAAAUGAUGAAAUUCCCAAUAUAAAUGAAGAUAGUGUUAAAGAAAGUUUAGUGGAAGAGUUAAACGAAAAUGAAAAUUUUAAAACCAAUGAAGACACAGCUAAUGACGUUGAAAAUAUUUCUAGCAAAUGCCUUACUGAGACAACUAGCAAUGAUUGUUUAGAAAAUACUUGUGUAACUGACUUGCCUGAGGAAUGUAAUGAACAAAAAGAAAAUAAUAAUAUAACCAAUAUUAUAAUCGAAGAUGAAGAGCUAGAUAAUAGUGACAUUGUUAUAGAGAAACACAACAAAGAGAAAGAGACUGAACUACAAUUAAGUGAAAAUGAAAAUAAUAAUAUGGAUGGUAAGACUCAGGAGGAGCAAGAAAAAAUAAUAACUGAUAAUAUAGAGAAUACAGUAGAGGAAGUGGAUGUAAUAUUGGAAGAAACCAAUGACAAACUUGAUAAACAAGUUCUAAUUAAAACAGAGCCUGAAGACAAUAAAGAAAUAAUAGAUGAUUCUGUCUUAAAUGGAGAAGUGAUCAGUAUUUCAGAUGACAAAGAGGGAGAAUGUAUUACACUGUCAGAACAGGAAGUAUCGGGUGAAGAAGUAAAACCAGAAACAUCAUCAAAUGAUGUAAGUAAAAAUAUCACUAUCCAACCUACAGAUAAUGAUACUGAUGAUGACCAGAAAAGACAUGAUGGUAAUACACAAGAUAUUGUAAAUGAUGAACCAGGCCUCACUAUUGAUUCAUCUAGUGUAAAAUCCAUUACAGAAAACAUUGAAGUAAAUCAAUCUGAGGAAAUGCUUAAAGAUACAAAUGUAAGUAAUGAUAAUAGUAAUGUAGCAGUAAUGCAACAGGUGAAAAUAGAAAAUAAAAACACUAAUAAUAGUAUAAAAGAUACGAACAAGUUUUCACACAUAUGUAAAUUAUCAAAUACCUUAGAUAUUUUAUCAGAUGAAGAAGAAGAAUCCAUAGAAAAAGAAUCUCAAAAUAAAUUACCAAGUUCUGAUGGAAAACAAUGCAUUAAUAUAGAAGAUGAUGAUGAUAUCAUGUUGAUUGAUGAAGAAACUAACGUUAAGGAUGAAAAGAACAAUUCAUCAAAUGUUGUUGAAACCAAAAUUGAUGUUAAAGAAACUGGUGAGACACCAAAAAACGAUUUGUUGGAUACAGAAGCAAUAGAAAAUAAAGAAACAUUGAAUGUAAAUCAAGACAAUGCGGUCAUUUCCAAGACAGAUUUAAAUGAAACAAAAGAGGAACAGAAACUUGUAGAAAACAAACCAAUACAAAAACCAUUAUUACCUGUUAAUUUUCUAAAAACUUGCAAAAAGAAUUUGGCUGAUAUGACUAGAGAUGAACUUGAAGAAUUUUGUAUAUUAAAAAUUGUGGAAAGUGUUGUUGAUAGGAGUAAUUUAAGUGAAAUUAAAAUGAAACUUAAAACACUGGGCCAAAAUAUUGAAGAAUAUAAGAGGAAAGCAAUGCUGCUUACAAAACAAAAUAGGGAUCUACAAGUUGUUUUAAAAUCUGUUCAAGAAGAACAGAAAAAGAAAUCAGAUGUACCAAUAACGCCUUUAAAAAUAACAAGAUCCGUUGGUAUGCAGGUGUUUAUGACAGAUAAAGUAGCUGUUAGAAAAAAAUCGGUAUUAACUAAUACUGUUCAAAACAAUGUGACUUGCAAUAACACCACAAACAGAAUUAAGAACCAAUUAAAUCAAAGCCCUAAACCUAUAAAAACACAAACAAAUCCUAAUAAUACUCAACAAAUUCCGGUGCCUAGACUAGUUCCAGCGGUAAAUAAUGCAAGCAAUAACAAACUGCAGUCAUCUGUUACUAUAAAUUCAACAAAAUCUCCAGUGACUACCACAUUACCUAAUGGUAUUAGGAAUUCACCCCCAACACUGAAACCAGAAAAAAGAACUCAUAGUAAAAUGCAACAGGGUAACUCAGUGACAGUUGAUUUAACAGAUGACGAACCACCCACAAAAGUACUGCAACGGAUUGUGAAUCCGCCAGUAAGAUUAGUAUCCCCACAAAACUUACUGGCUCCACAAAGACAACCAUUUGGUACAAAUAUUAGUAGCCCUCGAAAAGUAUACAUUCCUAUUAGUGGUUCACAAAAUCAAGUUAGACCUGGUCAGACUAUCAUGCUCAGACCCAUAGCACCACAAGGGCCUAGGCACAGAAUGCCAAAUAUUCUGCCAAAACCAAAUUCAAAUACCAAUGCAGUAAGAAUGACAAGAAUAACAAGGCACCCAGCACCUUUACCAGACUCAAUGAAGCAGUAUCAACCUCCGAAUUGGAAAGCUUUACCACCCGCACCAGAACUGAAAUUGUCUAAAGUAGAUAAUGGAAUUGUAAUAUCAUGGAAAAUUGAUGGGUAUAAAGAAGAAAACCAAGAAGAAAUAGCUAGUUAUCAGUUAUAUGCUUAUCAAGAAACGUCAUCACCUCCUAGCACAGCUUUAUGGAAGAAAAUUGGGGAUGUCAAAGCUCUACCUUUGCCUAUGGCAUGCACAUUGACUCAGUUUAUGGCGGGAUAUAAAUAUUAUUUUGCGGUUAGAGCUGUUGAUAUAAGAUCACGACUCGGUCCUUUUAGCAGUCCAGGAAGUAUACUUCUUUUGAAUAAAAUGUAAGACUGACAA